AUGGAGCCGUUUACAGACCCCAACCCGGAGAAAUUCUCUAGGGCAUUGGGGCUAGUGUUUAAAGGCUCUAAUAAUAAUGGAAAAAUUUGGAUUUUUGUUGAGGAGGGCGCCAACUUUGUUGUGGAAGAGGACUCGGAUCAAAUGCUCUACGGCCGUUUCCUUUCUCCUCGCCUUGAAAGACAUAUUUCAGUCUCGGCUAUCUACGCGAAGUGCUCACGGACGAGAAGAUACCACCUUUGGGAUAAGUUGAGGGAGAUUGCGGUCAUCACCGACGGAACACCUUGGAUCGUCGGCGGGGACUUCAACACUAUUCUAUCCCCACAUGAGAGAGUUGGGAGCGACACCAACCGGCAAGCUGAGAUGAUUGACUUCGCCGAGAUAAUUGUAGAUUGCAGGCUUCUUGACCCGGGGUUCGACGGAUCGGACUACACGUGGGCAAAGAAAGGACUUAUGGAGAGGCUCGAUAGAAUUUUGGUGAAUGAUGCUUGGCCACAGGUUUUCGAGGCAACGAGGGUUACUAACCUCCCACGCGUCUCAUCGGAUCAUGGGCCGGUCUUGGCAAGAUGUAGAUGUCCUAAUCGGCAGCCAGGAGGAAAGGCCUUCCGAUUCCAAAACAUGUGGAUCCGCCAUGAGGGCUUCUUGGAUACUGUACGCAAUACUUGGAACCAGCCUACGGAGGCCGAGGGAUUGCUUAAUCUUCAAAUCAAGCUUGCGCGAACAAAAAAAAUGCUCAAACUUUGGAAUAAGGAAGUCUUUGGAAAUAUACAUGCAAAUCUAAAGGAAAUGGAAGAUAAGGUGGCUGAGGCCCAAAGUGAGUUUGAAAUAAACCCGUCGGGCGAAAACAGAGCCUUGGUAAACAAGCUCAUUGCCAAUUACAUCCUUCUCCUCAAAAUGGAGGAAGACUAUUGGAGACAAAAAGCGGCCCUCCGAUGGCUAGCGGAUGGAGACAAAAACACAAGGUUCUAUCAAAGCUGGGUUAAACAGAAGAGGAUUCGAUUGCGGAUUCAUAGAAUAUCCGUGAAUGGAGUGGAAAUCACUGGGGAGGAAGAGAUCAAGAACUCGGCGGUUGAUUUCUACAAGAACCUCCUAGCACCUCCACCCUUGGCCCUCGGCGUGCCGGACUUUAGUUUGAUCCGCCAGCUCCCACCUUCGGAACAACUCCGGGAUCUUCCUACACCACCUGAGGGGGAUGAAAUUAAGCGAGCUGUGUUUGAUAUAUCUGGGGAUAGUGCACCAUGA